AUGCCUGUACACGAACGCUUACUCGACCAAUCAGUGACUGACCUCUUCGAGGAUCUCGGUUCUUGUGACUGGAGGCUUCAGUGCGCACCGACUCGCUCUCAGUUGCCGCCUCUUUUACCUUGCAUGCUAAGACGCGGCGGUGCCGACAGGGGUAGUUGUAAAAAGGUGUCCAUUGCGGAGAAUGGGAUGGGUUGUGAACUUCGGAGGCUGCAGGAGGACAUCCUGGCUCAGAUCCGAAAUAGGUCGGCGUUCCCCCUUCGUAAGGUUCCCACAAAUAGCCGCCAGCAUGAAUCUCGAGAAGGCAAGUCAACUGAACCAAUCACAUCCGUGACCAGCACCCUACGUCGACACUCCACACUCAUCCGGACUCAGUCCAUCUUCGACGAGCCCCAACUUAGUCCUACUGACUCCAGCUCCUUCCCACUGCCUUCGCCCCCUCUUCCUUCUCCUCCUCCUCCUGAACUACUUCCAAGUCCUCUCCAAUCCUUCCACGAGCCCAUAAAAUCGCAGACAACGAUCAACAAGUUCGAAGAAGAAAACAUCCAUUUAAAUGUGGGUCUCAAAAACACGGUUCGUUUUCAUGAAAAUAAUGCAGAACCACGUCAGCAGCAUUCAGUGAAAUAUUCAACAUGCAGACCAAAUACCUACCAGUCUUCCACUUUGCGUAAUCACGGUCUCUCUAGAGGAAUCACUUCAGGAUCCCAAAAUAUGGUCAACUUUUGUCAACCGCUUAGGAGCUCAAUAGACUCCGUUGGUUACAGAAGCAGUCAGUCUACAGAUGAGACUGCUGACUACAGGAAUAGACCAACUUCUCCACCCCUAAAGUACAGCCCAAGUGAGGAUGUCUUUAAUCCCACCAAAACUACCCAACAGGUUUUCCGGGUUUCAAAGAAAGCCCAGGUGGAAGAAGACUCACCUACCGGAAGCGACGUUGAUGCAGUGAUCAGUAAAGAAGAAACUAAGCGAAAACAAGCAGAAACAAGGCAAACUACUCUGCCACGCCACCAUUUUUCUCCUUCUUCUCCAACAUUAAGUGAAAGAACUCGUCGACCAUCAGGAAGAAUAUUCAAAAACUUUGGUCGCUCUGAAGACCCACCUUCUCCACUCACCUACCCACGUCCACAUAAUUCUGCGGUGAAAUACUGCAUCACGUCGAAUGAGGAGAGCGAUGAAAAGGACGAAAAAACAAGGAUAUCUCAGGUAGCAGAGCGACCCAAGAUCCUUGCCACGCGUGGUGUAAGGCCUUUUCGAGGGGUUUCGGCAAUUAAUGCGAAGGGAGUUAGCAGCCCAUCAGGAUCAUCGUCUUCAGUGGUGACCGUGGACUCUUCAGUCGGAGAAGACGGAGACAUUCAACGUGGACGUUGGGUUUUCCCAGGAAAGCGGACAAUUUACUCAGAAGAAAGCCAACAAGCCCAGUAUGAAAUGCGCAGUAACCUUCGAGUUAAGGAUUGCCCCUCAACUGAGGUAAAGAGACCACCCCAUCACUACACAGGACCGUGGAUGUUUAAGGGACUCUCUCCACGUCUUUCAAUUCCCAACGAAAUAUCUCGUGAAAGGAGAAACUCCUGUUCUGGAUCGUCCAAGCCUCUUCACUUUUGCCAUGCCACCCAAUCGGACCCUCCUCAGGCCAUCAUGGUGGAUCGCAUGGUUUCGCCUAUUUCAUCUCCCCCACCAGGAGCGGAAACGGCUUGUGGUGCUCCUUCAAUCUCCACAUUAGGCCGCACUAGGACGCCCCCCAUCACCAUGACCCAAAUGACGGUAGUUAUAGUUCUUCAAAACCGUCUCUAA